AGAGGAGAUCUGAACAUUGCUGACUUAAUAACAAGAGGAGGCAAUCCCAAAGACUUAAAUGAGGAAUCCACAUGGCAAAACGGACCAGAGUUCCUGAAGUGGCCAGUGGAGGAGUGGCCUAUUCAGUCAGCUGGAGAAGUUGCAGCCCAGGCCAGGGAGAGUGUAAACAAGCUUCAAAGAAAGGCAUUCUCUGCUGCACUGACCAGAGCUCAAGCUAAGAUGAGUCGGCAAAAAGAAGACCCACUGGCCACUCCGGAAAAGGAAAGUCCCUGUGAAGAAUCGAAACCUAUUAUGCCAAGAAGAAAACCCACUAGCUGGGUGAAACAUCUUGUGGAUGUAAAAAGGUUCAGUAGCCUGACAAAACUGAUCAGAGUUGUUGCCUGGACACGACGAGCUGCCGAGCAGUGGCUGAAGAGGAGGUCGAACCCAGGACAACCAAAGUGGGAGGCAACACCCAAGCAGGCUGGAUUGGCUGGCACUGAACUAGAAGGUGCACGUGAAGACGUCUUCCUCGCAGCUCAAGAAGGGAGGAUCCAGAUAUUUAACGAAGAUGAGACAGCCGUGCCAGUCUUGCCAUUUGAAGCAUGGGUGUCAACAUUGCUGGCACAAGAAUCCCAUGACGCUAACCACGAGGGGGUAGCAGGAACCCUUCUACGGAUGAGGAAGACAGCGUGGAUAAUAAAGGGCCGGAGAAUUGCCAAGAAAGUAGUUGACAGCUGCAUAGUUUGCAGAAAGAACAGAGCAAAGAAGUGUCAACAAAUCAUGGCAGACUUACCUCCAGAGCGAACCACCCCAGCUGCUCCUUUUGAAUUCACAACCAUGGACCUAUUCGGCCCUUAUGAAGUGAAGGAUGAAGUCAAGAAAAGAACCAGACUGAAAGUGUGGGGAAUCGUCUUCAGUUGCAUGGCCUCCCGUGCCAUACACACUGAACUAGUGAGUGACCAGUCAUCCCAAGGCUUCCUCCUCGCCUAUCAGAGGUUCACGUCACUCAGAGGACAUCCCAGGAAGCUCUGGUCAGACCCCGGCACAAAUUUUGUGGGCGCCAAACCUGCUCUGGAACAGCUGUACACAUUCCUUGACCGACUGGACAAGUCUCAAGUCGAAGACAUGGCUGCCAACCAUGGAACAGAAUGGUCCUGGAAGAUCCACCCUGCGGAUUCUCCCCACAGAAAUGGUGCUGCAGAAGCGGCUGUCAGAGUGGUCAAACGGGCCCUGACCAAUGUCGGCGGAGAUGGUGUCUUCACCUGGGGUGAAUUUCAAACCUUCCUCUACAUGGCUGCCAACCUUGCAAAUGAGCGACCAAUCGAUGCAAGAACUCAAAGCAGGGAAGACUGUGUGGAAUACAUCACCCCGAACUCUCUGCUCCUAGGGCGUGCCAACCCUAAGGGAGAUCCUGGAGACUUCCAGUUUGAUCGCUAUCCUUAUAAAAGACUGCAAGUAAUUCAAGCUGAAGUCACCAAAUUCUGGAAGAAAUGGAGCCAACUAGCUGGACCCAACCUCUUCAUAAGAAACAAAUGGCACACCAAAGAGCGAAAUGUUUCUGUCGGAGAUGUGGUCUGGUUGGCUGACCAAAAUGCCCUGAGAGGACAGUACAAGCUGGCCAGAGUAGUCAGAGCCAAUACGGACAGCAAAGGCAUCGUAAGAGACGUGCUUGUGAGGACCUUUCCCAGCUAUCCUGUCCCCAUCAAGAAGACAAGCGACAAAGAAAAACCGACCACGAAAACCAAGAGGCUCAGACAUCAAAUCCCAGCAACAAUCCUGCAUAGGGAUGUCAGACGCCUCAUCAUUCUAAUUCCCAUUGAAGAACAAAGGAAAGAAGGACCUGUGUGACCCCAUUGGGUUUUGAAAACCAUGAGGGCCAAGUGGGAGGUGUGGCGUUGAAACUCAGUGUGAAUGAAGUGUCCCUGCCCUGGAAGUAAGGAGCUGUCUCCUCCUUAAUCUUACUCCUUGGUGAAGUACCAGAAAGAACUACAUUUCCCAGAACACCAAGGUCAAGAUGGCCACAAAUUGGCUGAUUCAAGGCAGCUGUUAAGGAAUGGUGGUGCUGUCUCAUUUCAUGCAAGCAAGCAGAGCGGCAAGACGCAAAAAUCUACAAGAUCCAUCUUUAAAAGACUUCCAACACACCAAUGGUCGGUGAAUAUACCCACUUUGCAAUAUGCUGAAAUGCUUAUUUGUUAAAACUCACCUUGACAUGUUGGUUUACUUACCUGUCUUAAAUUGUUUUUAGUUUGAACCACAGCAAAUUUACUCCAACCUUGAGCAUUGAUUGCAUCUGGGUAUUUUCUUACUGUUUGAUAAUUAAAAAGCUUGAGUUAAUUGAAUUGU